AUGGUCAUUCAGCGCGUUUGGCGUAGCCAAGGGCAAGCUUCGCUUGGUGCUAAUACCGCCACCAACGUGGCCUCCACAACCAGUGGAACAACGGGCGCGACAGCGUCUCCACCAGUGGCCACAAGCCAGCCAACAGCAGCAACAAGUGUGUCCGAUGCGCUGGAACAUGAAACCUCUGGCAACGGAAGCACUAGCAACCACAACAACAGUACGCUUGGCCAGGGAAUGCGCCAGAAGCUCUACAAAAAUAUGCUCUCCGGUGAGGCAACACUGGACGCACUGAAGCAGCGGUACAGUACCGGACGGUCGUUCAUGAGCCAAACGGCGAACGAUGCGGCCAUCAAGUCGCUGGAGCUGCUGCGCGCCAACAUACAGUAUCACUUCGACCGGGAGAUCGACACCAUCGUUCGGCGAUUCCAUCAGACGUACUUUGUGCCAGCGAUCCGCAACAUCAAGGAGAACCUCGGUGAGGGUGCCAUCUCCGAUGAGGCACUGAAGGGUGUGUUCUGUACACUGCUUGAAUCCGCCAAGGCACAGUACGGUGCCAGUCAGCUUUCGUCACCGGCCGGGAACUCGCUUUCGCGGGCCAACACACCCGGCAUGGAGCUGAGUGAUUCGGAUUCGAGUACUGAUAACGCACCAGCAGUGGUGGGAGGAGGUGGUGGUAGUGGUGUUGGUGGUUUGGGUGUGGCCACCAGUUUGCUCCAUCAAGCGUUGAAACGAAAACUCCCGGAACCGAAUCAACCGGAUCUCUUCAAGCGACAGUACUUUCUGCACGGCCCUAUCUAUCCCCAUGUCCAUGCAUCGUCCUCUAGCACCACCACCAGCACCACCAACAGCAGCAGCACAUCCUUCAGGACUCCCUCAUCCACUACUGUUUCCGUACCGGCCACUGUCAUCACCCCGGAGAGCCUCUUCAUACUGGACUUUAAGGCAGCCAGGGCUCUGGGAGUUCCGGAUUUCCGGGAGCGACUUGCCAACCGGCAUCCCGAGGUGCUACGUUACUGCCCCGAUGCCCAAGAUCGGGAUUGGUUGCUACAGCAACGGCAGGUUACGCCACUGAACAAAAAUGGCCGCUUCUUCCUGCUGGCGCUGGACGAUGUGCGGAAGUUGAUCGAACGGAACGCCUUCGAACCAUCGGCCAGCACCGGACCGCAAAUUGGUCUGCAGGGCUUCAAGGUGACGGAGUUGAUUUACGCCAAAAUUCAAAAACUACUCAAGGAGCUAACCGAACGGCAUCAGCGUGCCACGGCCGGAACGUUUGAGUCACCCAAGACUCCGGCCAUCACGUCGUCCAGUGCGGUCAGCGUGCCAUCGCGAUCACGUUUCUCUUCCUUAAGUUCCUCGCACGCUACGCUCACGGCCCUUCUAUCCACCCCACAAUCGAUCUCGAGCACACCAGAGUCAACGAAUGGCAGCAGCAGCAGCAGCAGCAGCAGCAGUAACACAGCGACGGUGCUAGCCGGAUCUUCAGAAGCAAAUCCGGAAUCACGCCGAAGUUAA